UAGUGUUCCGAGCCAACAGAUGAUCGUCGUUGACCGAUUGACACUUAGAUGAUGCGUCAACCUGUAGUAGUGAUGCACUAAUUGGUUUACUGUCACCAGACGAAUCCAUCAGUUAACGAAAGACCGCGGAAAAAAGACGCAGCCAGCUCCUUGUCGCCUUUUGCGAAGAGUGUCUCGACGCGUUUCAAUAAUCGUUUCGAGCCACCUUUGUCAAGACUUUCCCGCCAGACAAGACAAGGAAAAUGGCGUUGGAGGGUGGACUGAGCAAGGACCAACUUAAGCAUCUGAAGAUGGCGUUCGACACAUUCGACACCGAAAAAAAGGGAGAGAUAACCAACGACUUAAUCAGCACAAUUUUGAGCAUGAUGGGCAUCGAGCUAAAGGCAGACGUUCUUCAAGAAGCCAUCGCAGAGGUCGACGUAUCUGAUUCCGGUUCAAUGAAUUACGAAGAAUUCUGCCAACUGGCUGCCAAGUUUUUGGAGGAGGAUCAAGACACGGAAGCUAUCCAACAGGAGCUUCGAGAAGCUUUCCGCCUAUACGACAGAGAAGGAAAUGGUUAUAUCACCACCGAUGUUUUCCGCGACAUCCUUCACGAGCUUGACGACAAUUUGUCAUCGGAAGAGCUGGACAUGAUGAUCGACGAAAUCGACGCCGACGGUUCCGGGACCCUCGACUUCGACGAGUUCAUGGAGGUGAUGACAGGCUAAGUCUGCCGGAUUUCGAGUCGCCCUAUCACAUACCAUCUUCGACUCGACUUUGUCCUAAGCUGCGAUGUUUAUAAUUAAAUGCGACUGUAACGAGUGAACGAAAUAAUACUCAUUUGCAAGGAC